GGGGAGCGGGCCGGAGUGCGGCGGAUAAAGCGGUGUCGGAACUACUAUGAAAUCCUCGGGGUGGAGAGGGACGCCAGCGAGGAAGAGCUGAAGAAAGCCUACCGCAAACUGGCCCUGAAAUUCCACCCGGAUAAGAACCGAGCUCCCGGGGCCACCGAGGCGUUCAAAGCAAUAGGCAAUGCUUUUGCAGUUCUGAGCAACCCUGAGAAACGAUUACGAUACGAUGAAUUCGGCAGUGACCAGGAACAUGUCAGCACUGGCCAGGCCAGGCACUAUAAUUAUUACACAGAAUUUGAAGCAGACAUUACACCAGAAGAAAUAUUCAACGUGUUUUUUGGUGGGAACUUUCCUACAGGAAAUAUCCAUAUGUUCUCAAAUGUAGCUGGGGAUCCACACUAUUAUCCACGGAGGCACCGAAAUGAAAGAGCAUGGACACAGGAGCCAGAAGAGGAAGAAAACAGGCCACAGAAUUCAUAUUCUGCAUUUAUUCAGUUGAUGCCAGUUUUCAUCAUCAUCAUUGUGUCAGUUAUAACUCAGCUGAUGGCCACAAACCCACCCUACAGCCUGUUCUACAAAUCGUCCAUAGGCCAUGUUGUUAGCAGAGAAACAGAGAACUUGCAGGUGCCUUAUUAUGUGGAUAAAAACUUUGAAAAGAAUUAUCAAGGAGCAGAACUUCAAGAACUAGAGAAAACUGUUGAAAAAGAUUACAUAGACUAUAUUCAGACCAGCUGCUGGAAGGAGAAACAGCAAAAGUCUGAUUUGUCAAAUUUGGCCAAGCUCUACAGAGAUGAGCGGUUAAAACAGAAAGCAGAGUCACUGAAACUUGAGCACUGUGAGAAGCUCUCCAGUCUGAUUGGGAUGCACAAAGGGGGCUGACCAGGACACACACAUCCUGGAGCUUUAUUUAUUGCUGUUUUAACUUAUGUUUUUAUUUUCCUUUGUACAAAAAGGGAAGGAGACCAUUGUCAAGAGAAACAUGGGAUUUCUUCUGCCUGUAGUGCAGAGAUGGGCCAACACAGGCUGCAGAGCUCGUGUUUGCUGUAAUAUACUGUACACUAUACUUGGUUCCAAGGACCAGUGGCACUUUGUAAAUUAAUUCCCUGGGAAACACCAUUAGUUGGAAACCUGUCUUCAUGGGUAGCUUGUCUGCCAUCCAAACAGUAUGGACUUCCCAGGAGAGCAGACCAAUGU